AGAAAACCUCACUCCUCAAAGAAGAAAAAAAAAAAACGGACGGUGCUGAUAAAUCUCAUUCUCUCAUCUGAGUCGUCUCCUCUCUCCUCUCUUCUCCAGCGUCCGAUCCUCCAUUUCCCAACUCCAUCCAAAGCCUCUCCCUCUCUCGCGCCCAUUUUUCUUUAAUAAGGGUUGCGAUGGCGGAAGUUCCGACGAGUCCGAACGGAGGAGGCAGCUACGACGAGAGCGGCGAUCAGAGCCCGCGCUCCAACGUUCGCGAGCAGGACCGGUUUCUUCCGAUCGCGAACAUUAGCCGGAUCAUGAAGAAGGCUCUCCCCGCCAAUGGAAAGAUCGCCAAGGACGCCAAUGAAACCGUCCAAGAAUGCGUCUCUGAGUUCAUCAGCUUCAUCACCAGCGAGGCUAGCGAUAAGUGCCAGAGAGAGAAGAGGAAGACUAUUAAUGGAGAUGAUUUGCUUUGGGCUAUUGCUACUCUAGGGUUUGAAGACUACAUCGAUCCACUCAAGAUUUACCUCGCCAGAUAUAGAGAGAUGGAGGGUGACACCAAGGGGUCAGCAAAGGGUGGAGAAUCAUCUGCUAAGAAAGAUGUUCAGCCAAGUCCAAAUGCUCAGAUUGCUCAUCAAGGUUCUUUCUCACAAGGUGUUAGUUACGCAACUUCUCAAAUGCCAGGUUUUGUCAGUUUUGACUGUGGAGGCAAAGAAAAUUUCACAGACGAAAUUGGUCUCGAGUGGACUUCUGACAUUAAACUGAUUUAUGGAGAAACAGCUGGUAUUUCUGUUGCAAAUGAGACACGCAGGCAAUACCAGACCCUGAGAUACUUCCCUGCAGAUUCCAGGAAGUAUUGUUACACGCUUAAUGUCAUAAGUAGGUCUAGGUACCUUCUGAGAGCAACAUUCUUGUAUGGUAACUUUGACAAAAACAAUGUUUAUCCGAAAUUUGACAUUUCCCUUGGGGCGACUUACUGGUCCACAAUAGUCAUUUCGGAUGCUAGUACUAUAGAGGUCCGGGAGCUAAUAUUCCUGGCUUCAAGUCCUACCAUCAGUGUGUGCUUAUCCAAUGCUGUAACUGGGCAGCCAUUUAUAUCUACUCUUGAGCUCCGACAAUUUAAUGAUUCAAUUUACUACACAGAUUAUGAGGAGCUGUAUUACCUCAGUGUCUCUGCAAGGAUAAACUUUGGUGCAGAAAGCGAAGCUCCAGUUAGGUAUCCUGAUGACCCCUUUGAUAGAAUAUGGGAGUCAGACUCUUUGAAGAAAGCAAAUUUCCUUGUUGAUGUUGCUGCUGGAACUGAAAAGGUGUCAACCCAAAAGCCAAUUUAUGUAAACACUAAAGAGGUACCACCUCAAAAAGUGAUGCAGACAGCUGUAGAAGGCAUGAAUGGGUCAUUAACUUACCGGUUAAAUUUGGAUGGUUUUCCUGGUUCUGGAUGGGCAGUCGCCUACUUUGCAGAAAUUGAAGAUCUGGGUCCAGAUGAGACUAGAAAAUUUAGACUAUUCCUUCCAGGCAAUGCUGAUUUAAGCAGGCUUGUAGCCAAUAUUGAAGAGAAUGCUCAGGGAAAAUAUCGUCUUUAUGAGCCUGGAUUUACCAACUUAUCCCUUCCCUUUGUAUUAUCUUUUGGAAUUGGAAAAACAUCUGAUUCUAAGAGGGGGCCUCUUUUGAAUGCUAUGGAGAUAAAUAAGUAUUUGGAGAAAAAUGAUGGUUCUUUAGAUGGAGCGUCUAUUGCAAAAAUAGUUUCAUAUUACUCAUCAUCUGAUUGGGCACAAGAAGGUGGUGACCCAUGUCUACCAGUUCCAUACUCAUGGGUGCAGUGUAACUCGGAUCCACAACCAAAAAUUGUUAAAAUUACAUUGUCUGGAAAGAACUUGACAGGGAAUAUCCCUUCAGACUUUGCAAAGUUGACCGGUUUAGUUGAGUUGUGGCUUGAUUACAAUUCAUUGAGUGGUCCAAUACCUGAUUUUACUGGAUGCAUAGAAUUGAAAAUCAUUCAUCUGGAGAACAAUCAGUUGACGGGUGAGCUGCCUUCCUCUUUGAUGAACCUACCAAAUUUGAGGGAAUUGUAUGUGCAAAACAAUAUGUUGUCAGGAACUAUGCCAUGGGGUCUUCUCAAUAAAAACUUGAUUUUGAACUACUCUGGGAACAUAAAUCUUCAAAAAGGGAGUAAAAGUGGGAGCCACAUGAAUAUAAUUAUUGGGUCAUCAGUUGGGGCUGGCGUUCUAUUAAUAGCUACUAUUGCCUUAUGCCUAUUUAUGAGCAAAGGGAAGAAAAGGUAUUUUGAGCAAGACCAACUUGACCAUUCCUCGCCUGUUCUAAGACUAGCAUCUUCCAAGAGCAAAGCGCACACAGAAGCUGCAUAUUGCUUCACUUUCUCUGAAAUUGAAGAUUCUACAAGAAAAUUUGAAAAGAAGAUUGGUUCUGGAGGAUUUGGAGUUGUAUAUUAUGGAAAAAUGAAAGACGGAAAAGAAAUUGCAGUCAAAGUUCUAACCCAUAAUUCCUUCCAGGGAAAGCGAGAAUUUUUGAACGAGGUGACUCUUCUUUCAAGGAUACAUCACAGGAACCUGGUACAGUUUCUUGGCUAUUGCGGGGAAGGAGAGAGAUGUAUGCUUGUUUAUGAGUUCAUGCAUAAUGGAACUCUCAAGGAACAUCUUUAUGGUCACAAAAGUAUUAAUUGGUUCAAGCGACUUCAAAUUGCCGAGGAUGCUGCAAAAGGGAUUGAAUACCUUCACACAGGCUGUGUUCCAGCCGUUAUUCAUAGGGACUUGAAAAGCAGCAAUAUUCUUCUUGACAAACACAUGAGAGCAAAGGUUUCAGAUUUUGGUCUUUCAAAACUUGCAGUAGAUGGAGCCUCUCAUGUCUCAAGCAUAGUUUGGGGCACUGUAGGUUAUCUGGAUCCCGAGUAUUAUAUCUCACAGCAGUUAUCGGACAAGAGUGAUGUCUAUAGUUUUGGUGUCAUUCUUCUUGAGCUGAUAUCUGGUCAUGAAGCAAUAUCUAAUGAAAGCUUUGGUGUUAAUUGCACUAACAUAGUCCAGUGGGCAAAGUUGCAUAUUGAGAGUGGGGACAUUCAAGGAAUCAUCGAUCCCUCACUACAUGGGGAAUUUGACAUCCAAUCAAUAUGGAAGAUAGCAGAGAAAGCUCUGAUGUGUGUCCAACCUCACAAACAUAUGAGACCGUCAACUUCAGAAGUUCUUAAGGAGAUUCAAGAUACAAUCACAAUAGAAAGGGAAGCAGCAGUGGCUGCAAGAGGGAAAUUCAGAUGAGGGAUUAUUGGCUUAGUAAUGGCCAUUAAACAACUCAUAAAGGUAUUUGUAAUGGUUGUGAAAUGACUCGUAAAAGACGUCUGUAAUAGCUUUGUAACUGUUGCUCAUAACCAGCUUAACUGAAGGUUUUAUGUCUGACUUCAAUGUGCUUACGGUUGUCCAUGAAUUGGACGGCCAUUUGAUCACUA